AUGCCGCGCGUGCAUCUUCAGCGGGAGGAGGAGCGAGACCUGUACUUCGGACAGCUGUUCGGGCUCGAAUGCUUCGUGCGCGCGAGGAUCCUGUUUCUCGAAGAGGAGGGCCCCGACAGUGCAACAUCACAAGUCGUACUUGUGCUCGUACACUUGACACUUUUCAUGGGGCCGCACAAGAAGCCAUGCGGUGUUGCGAUACUGAAGCGGUUCCCUGGAUUCGUCGAGCAGCCUCCUCGAGAAAGCUCCGGCACCAGGGCACCCAACGGGCAGAGCUCCUCCUCGUCCAGCACCGUCCCGGUUGACCGAUCGCUCGGCAGGAGCCAGACAAUAACAACGACCAUGGGGGCUCACGGCAGUCCGAUGGGUAUGUGGCUAACGCAGCCGUUCCAUCAGGAGCCAUACCACAACAUCGCCGCGGUGUCGGCGGACGGAUCGGCGGCGGGGCAGGCUGACGGACGUCAGGGGUCCGGGGCAUCGGCGACGUACGCCUCAUCCCGGCCGCAGCAGCAGCAGCAGCAGCAGCAGCAGCCGCGCUGA